CUGAAUCACUCUCCAGCCAGUCAGCAGCCUUCCUCUAAUGUCAUCUUCCAACGCGCCUUGGCUGUCCACCAUACAGGCCCGAGUUAGUACACAAAUGCAGCUCAGCAAUUUGCUCUGAUACAUUUUUUCUUUUUCCCGAAGAGCUGCGCAACAGUCAGCCUGAUGGGUAACGUACCCACUACAGUAAAGCACUGCCUGAGCUAUAAGCAAAUCAUCGAGGAUUACCCUUGGCUCAGAAGCUGGCUGCAGGAAGAGAAGAUCAUUACAGAACAAGAGUAUCCAGAGUUUGUGAAAAUAGUUGAAGUUGGGCCAAGAGAUGGACUUCAAAAUGAAAAGGAUAUUGUUCCAACAAGGGUGAAAAUCCAGCUGAUAGACAUGCUCUCAACCACAGGCCUGUCUGUGAUUGAGGCCACCAGCUUUGUCUCUUCAAAGUGGGUACCGCAGAUGGCAGACCACACCGAUGUCCUCCAAGGAAUCCAGAGAGUGCCUCAUGUUCGAUACCCUGUUUUGACUCCCAACAUGCAAGGUUUUCAGGAUGCCGUCGCAGCUGGUGCCACUGAAGUGGCUGUGUUUGGAUCCGCAUCUGAAACUUUCAGCAGAAAAAAUAUCAACUGUUCUAUCGCUGAAAGCAUGCUGCGGUUUGAGGAAGUCAUUAGUGCUGCCAAAGAUCGACAAAUCCCUGUUCGUGGGUAUGUUUCAUGUGCCCUCGGAUGCCCCCAUGAAGGACACAUCGAACCCACCAAAGUUGCUGAGAUAUCAAAGACAUUAUAUGAUAUGGGCUGUUAUGAGAUUUCCUUGGGAGAUACUAUUGGUGUUGGGACGCCCAGCUCCAUGUUUAAGAUGCUGCAGAAGGUGAUGAAGGAUGUACCCCUCAGUGCUCUCGCAGUUCACUGCCAUGACACUUACGGUCAAGCACUUCCCAACAUCCUUACUGCACUUCAGAUGGGAGUCUCUGUGGUGGACUCCGCAGUAGCAGGCCUUGGUGGUUGCCCCUACGCACAGGGUUCAUCUGGCAACGUUUCAACAGAGGAUGUUCUCUACAUGCUCCAUGGCAUGGGCAUCGAAACUGGAGUGAACCUCGACAGACUCAUAGAAGCUGGCGACUUUAUAUGCAACGCUUUAGGGCGCAGGACAAACUCCAAGGUGGCUCAGGCAAGAAGCGGGACACUUUGAAGAUGCUUCGCCAGUUCAUAAAACAGUUGCUUUUUAAAGUGGGUGCCCCGUAUUUCUUGUCUUCAGAUCUUUUCUCUAAUGCUUUGUAAUUGAAUUUAUUAUUUCUUGCUAUUCAUCUAGAUAUAUCUGUUUUCUUAAUAUCUAUUCAAUUAAGUGAGUUCAGUCUGACCGCUUUAUCUUGUUCAAAGCCAGUCCAAGUUCUUUUUUGUGCCUAGGUAGAAUUCGAUUUAGGGACCCACUUCAAAAUAAGAUGAUUGUCUAUCACCCACUGACCUCCAAUUAAGCUCGCUUUUUAAUGGAUUGUGCGCUUAUUCAUUCGGCAUUCAUCGCAACUAAUUUUAAAGGUAACCAGUGACCCAACAAUUGUUGCCUUGAAAUGAUUUUCCAGAAUAUUUGAAAUUAGUUUCUGUUGAGCCUUUUAAUUAUUUUUUUUUAGAUUGAUUUUUUGUGGGAAGUCAAGCUAAUCAAAGCCCUGACCAAAGUAAAGUGGACUUCUACCAUCUUAAAGCGACUACAGUUUCAAAAGUGGUCAAUAAAGAGAGGUAUUUUAUGAACUUUAAAGCCCUGCCAUGUUUUUCAUCAUGUCUUGCAACCUUCACUGGACAUGUAAAUACAGGAAAAUAGCUCUGUUUUCUUUUUUCUAGUUUCAUAUUGAAAAAUCUAGAGUACAGAACAGAGAACAGAUUGACUAUAGGUAAUGAAGGGUUUUUAAACUGAAUUGCAAAUAAAUACAUACAUUUCCAUUCUAACAACACAUAUACCUUUCUCUUUGCCUCCCCAAAAGAGAAUCUUUCUCUUUGAUGACUUUGCAUACCUCACUAGCCUCAUAAACAAUCAUAAUACUUUAGUAUCUUAUUGUACUCAGAUUUGAUGGGGCCUGCUGCUUUAAGAUAUGCAGAUUUAUAGGAGGCUUUAGAUCUGCAACUGUGCAU